AUCAUUACGAAAUUUAGCAGCAGGAACUUGAUCAGCUGGUUGCCGAUCCAUCAUGGUUCCUCGUACAUUACGGGACAGGAGAACCCCUCUCCCUCCUCUCCAAACCCCUUUUUACCCUCCCUUCAAAUUGCUCUUCGUUCCCCUCCUCUUUCUCCUCCUUCUACUCUUUCUCUCUCGUCUCACAGACAUUGGCUCUCCAGACAUUGCUAUUCUUAUAGAUAUUGCUAUCGUCAACACCACUAGCUAAGCUAGGAUAUUGCAAGCUCUAAUCCUAUCCUCAUACACCAAUCAGCUCAUAAAUUCACUAUGGCGGAACCUCUCACCAGAGUAGACUCAGCCGUCCAGGGUCUCUCCGAAUCUCCCCCGAAGGAGAAGAUUUCCCACCGUAGGACCAGCUCAAGUGCAGCUGGAAUACAGAGCAUGAAAGAGUUGAAUGAAAACCAAAUAGAGAUCGAAGUGGCAAUAGAAUCCCAAGCCACGGGAUGGAAGAUCAAUACAUCUCCUUCGACUGUUGAGGAUAAGGAGCUCCUGAAGAAGCCAUUAAUAACGCCCCUUGUAAGGGCUAUCGACCUUCGCUUUGAUACCGGGGUUGUUGUAACGGCGCGGAACAACAAGCACGGGGUUACAAUUAAAGAUGCAUUGGAUGCAAUAUAUAAGCACAAUAAGAAGAGGGCCGACGAUGAACUUGCUGAACCAUAUUUAAAGGGAUUUGAAUGGGUACCGAAUCAUCCUCAAGUAAAAGACGACCCUGACAGGCGUAAAGAAGAAUGGGAACGGUUGUAUAUCCACCUCUCUUCCACACCGGGAGUAUCAAGUUCUGGUGGCAGUAAGAAGAAGAAGAACAAGCACGCCGAAUGAUAGCUCACCUACGCAUAUCCGCUCAGUAUCCGAUGCAUCAGCAGGCUCAUGGAUUAUUUUGAUAGAUAGCUUGGAUCAUCUUGGAUAUUAUUGUCUGUUGUAUAACCCUGUCAAUGCAGAUCACAAACCUGCCAUACUUCCAUUCGGAAUGGUAGCUCAAGUUUUAAGUUGAAGCUACUACUCGUCAACCUGAUCUAUUGUAUCUGACGUAUGAAAAAUCUUUUAAAUAAUUUUAAUAGUUUCCAGCGGCAACUCGCUAUAUAUAACUUUUUCGAUAUCAGAAUCUUUGAAAUCUUCGAAGUCGACUGUCUCUUUCAAACUUGCGCACCCAACCCGACGCAUCAAAAUGACCACUGUC